AUGAGUCUUAUGUUAAAAUAUAACGAAUCAUUUUAUGAUAUAUUAUUUAAACAUUUUGUAACAUUGAGUGAAAUUUCAAAUAUUUUUAAAUUUAUUGUUCUCAUUGGAUUUAUCAUUAUCAUUUCUUAUAUGCUUUAUUAUAUAAAUGAUAAUUAUCAUAAAAAAUUUAUAAAUAAAUCUAAAUAUGAUGAUUUAGAAUUAUAUAAAUUAAAGAAUUAUAAUCGACUAAUUACGCGAAAUCAAAGUAUAAUCAGUCAUAAAGAAAUGUUAAAUACUCUAGAAUAUGCAGCUGAUAAUUGUUGUAAAACAUUUUAUGCAUUAAAAUGCAUUGAUAUAAUAGUAUAUUGUCCACAAUUAAUAAAUGUAAAAUGUUCAUCCUCUGGUUUAACACCUUUUCAUCGUAUCUGUUUGCAAGGUCAUAAAUGUUUAAUUGCUUUUAUGUUAGCAAAAGGUGCUGAUCCUUUUCUUACUACAAUAAAAGGAGAAAAUGCUUUGUGUAUGGCUAUUUAUUAUAUUCUUAAUAAUCCAACAGAAAAUGAUUUUUCUUGUCUUGAAAUGCUUGUAGAAACAGGAUGUGGAUUUGGUUCUAAAGAUAAAUGGUACAAUAAUUUGUUAAAAAUGGCAUUUAAUAAUAACCAUAUACAAUUAGUACAAUGGUUAAUUUUACAUUAUAAUGUUUCUUCAUAUAAACUUUUGCGAUGUUUAUCUACACCACCAAUGAAGAACCUAUAA